GCCUUUUGUGUCGGGCACCGGUCGCCGCGCGCGCCCCUGGGCCCCGGCGGCCGCGGGCGAGAGACGCGGACCGAGGGGCGCCCGGCCGCACGUGCACCCCAGACCUCGGUCCGAGCCGCACCCCGACUACCCGGGUGCCCCACGCGCGCACGCGCCCCCGCGGACCCCCGGCGGGCUGUUCCCCGCCCCCGCCGGCGGACGACCGGGCGCGCGCUCCCGCCGGCCCGGGCACGCGCGCCCGCCAAGAUGGCAGGGUUCGGGGCCCGGCGUGCCGCCGCCGCCGCCGCAGCGCUUCCCCGCAGCUAGCGGCCCCCCGACGCCCGCCCCGAGAAGAUGAGCCCGCGCUGCCGCUGCCCGCAGCCCAGCCAGACGCGGAGCCGCCGCGAUCCGGGCCGGCUCCCCCGCUAGCGCGCGCCCCGGCAGCGACCAUGAGUGAACAGAGCAUCUGCCAAGCCCGGGCCUCCGUGAUGGUGUAUGAUGACAGCAGCAAGAAGUGGGUGCCCCUCAAGCCGGGCCAGCAGGGCUUCAGCCGGAUCAGCAUGUACCAUAACACUGCCAGCAACACUUUCCGUGUGGUGGGGGUCAAGCUGCAGGAUCAGCAGGUUGUGAUCAAUUAUUCAAUCGUGAAAGGGCUGAAGUACAAUCAGGCAACACCAACCUUCCACCAGUGGCGCGAUGCCCGCCAGGUCUACGGCUUGAACUUCGCCAGUAAAGAAGAGGCGGCCACCUUCUCCAACGCCAUGCUGUUCGCCCUCAACAUCAUGAAUGCCCAGGAAGGAGGCCCCUCCACCCAGCGGCAGGUGCAGAAUGGCCCCUCUCCUGAUGAGAUGGACAUCCAGCGAAGACAAGUGAUGGAGCAGCACCAGCACCGCCAGGAGUCUCUGGAGAGGAGAGCAUCGGCCACAGGGCCCCUCCUGCCACCAGGACACCCAUCAUCCACAGCCAGCGCCCCACUCACGUGCAGCGGGCCUCCACCCCCGCCCCCACCACCCGUGCCACCUCCCCCGACUGGAGCCACUCCACCGCCCCCGCCCCCACUGCCAGCCGGAGGAGCCCAGGGGGCCAGCCACGACGAGAGCUCUGUGUCAGGACUGGCCGCCGCGCUGGCUGGGGCCAAGCUGAGGCGAGUGCAGCGGCCGGAAGAUGUGCCUGGAGCCUCCAGUCCCAGCGGAACCUCCAAGUCGGAUGCCAACCGGGCGAGCAGCGGGGGUGGGGGCGGAGGUCUCAUGGAGGAGAUGAACAAACUGCUGGCCAAGAGGAGGAAAGCAGCCUCGCAGACAGACAAGCCCAUGGACAGGAAGGAGGACGAGAGCCAGACGGGAGAUCCAAGCAGCUCCCCGUCUCUGGGGACCCGAGCAUCCAGCCAGCCGUCCAACUCCUCAGAAGCCAGCAGGAAGCCCUGGGAGCGGAGUAACUCGGUGGAGAAGCCCGUGUCCUCCCUCCUGUCCAGAACCCCGUCUGUGGCCAAGAGCCCUGAAGCUAAGAGUCCCCUUCAGGCGCAGCCUCACUCUAGGAUGAAGCCUGCAGGCAGCGUGAAUGACGUGGCCCUGGAUGCCUUAGAUCUGGACCGGAUGAAGCAGGAGAUCCUGGAGGAGGUGGUGCGUGAGCUGCACAAGGUGAAGGAAGAGAUCAUUGAUGCCAUCAGGCAGGAGCUGAGCGGGAUCAGCACCACGUGAGGUGGCAGCGGCGUGGCGCUGAGACGGCGGGCACGCCAGGGAAACCCCGUGGGAGUCUCCGGCUGGUCGACUCUGCCACCCCCAGGCCACGGGGCAGCCACUGGACUGCCUGCUCCAGUCAGCAGAGCCCCAGGCCACUUGUCCUUUUUGUACUAUUUGCUUAUUUAAGUGUACGUUCCUUUUGGUUUAUAGACAAGACACCCCUCAAUCACCUGCUUCAUUAGACGGUUUCCAAGUCCUCUCAUUGGGGGUGCCAGUUCAGCGCCUCUGUGUUCCCGACCAUCAUGGUGUUGAAACGGUCUGUCCAUACACCAGUGUCUGUGCCCACGGUAAUAAACUCACUGUCUACA